GUAAACAAAUAUCAACUGGUCUUUGCUUUCGAGGUCACAAAAUCCAAAUUAAUAUUGAAAUUAUGUAAUAAACGGAUACACUUUCUUUUUGUUGAAGCCAUGAUUUUCAAGAAAUGUUGCUUUUUAAUACCGCUAAACUACGGAUGUUACAUCAUCGGUGCCCUGUUCCUGAGCUUCCACGUUGGCGAACUGAUAACGCAUACGAGCGACACGAUCUUCAUAAAGAACGUCUCCCAAAAGACCUGGGGGCUGGUCAUGGCACCGAUCCUGAUGGCGGGUACCUUGGUGUCCGUAAUGCUGAUCUAUGGCGCCGCCAAGCGGAAGCGAGGAUUUGUCCUGCUCUGGGUAAUAGUAAAUGUAAUCACACUCCUGCUGUAUAUCGCCCUGUAUAUAGUCUCCUUCAUCAAGUCCUCGCCGCAGCCGAUAAUAAUUGCCGUCCAGUCGGCUAUCAUACUUGGUCUGAUAUACUCAAUAUUGGUAGUGCAUUCAUUUUACGGGUACCUGUCGACGGUGGAGCACGAGGACGUCAUCUGAGGUCACUGUCAUACCAUGCCAUAUGUAACUGUAUAGUUUCAUAGUUUUCAAAUUAAAUUAUGCCCAGUGACUUCGUAAUUCUUCAAAUAAAUAUAUGAUCUUUUAACCAGA